GUUGACCUGUCGGCAAUGUGACUAGUCACUGCUUUCUCCUCUAAAUAUAGUAACAGCUGCGGGACAUCAACACCAGCAAAGUGCUGCAGCGCAAGUGGACAGCAGCAGACGGCAAGGAGCAAGUGAAAGCAUGGAGUUUACGGCCUUGGUGAUGGCGGAGGAUGAAGAGGAGGAUGAAGACGUGCAGUACGUGAUCGAGCAGAGUCUGCAGGACAGCAACAAACACACGCAGGAAGGCUUCAACAACACCAGCGCUCAGUGUGCAGACAGUGUGGCUAUUUUCACUGCUAUAAGGCAAGGCGGAGAGAAGCUUGUGGAAGAUCUGUGUGGUAAGAGGAGGAACUCUUUUCUCCAGACGGACGGCAGAGGAUGGACGCCUCUCCAUGAAGCAUCGACACAGAGCAACCUAACCAUCCUGGAGCUCACUUAUGGAGUUUCAGGUGAGGAGGCAGUGGAGUAUCAGACCCAGUCUGGGGACACGGCCCUCUUACUGGCGGUGGAAGGAGGACUGCUGGACAAUGUGUCCUUCCUUCUGGACCGCGGUGCUCGGCCCGACACGCGGAACCAGGACCAGGACUCCCCGCUGCUUUUAGCGAUCCGGUCUGGCCGUGUCGACCUGGUGAAGUUGCUGCUCCAGAGGGGAGCCCCCGUCAACCAGGAGGGUCUCCACCGCCGGCGCCCGCUCCACGAGGCCUCUCGGCUGGGCAGAGCCGAGCUGGUCAGCCUGCUGCUGGAGGCCGGGGCGCUGCCGGAAGCCCGCAGCCGCUUUGGCCUCACGCCGCUGGCCCUGGCUGCCCAGGAGGGUCACCUGGAGGCGGCCCAGGUCCUGCUGAGGAAAGGAGCAGACGUGACGUGUCGGGCGCAGGACGAGGCCUCCAUCUUGUACGAGGCGUGUGCGAGCGGAGACGCCGCCAUCGUCGAGCUGCUGCUGGAAUACGGCGCCGACCCCAACGUGGCUAAACAGAGCAGGCACCUGCCGAUCCACCGGGCCGCUCACAGGGGACACCUGCAAGUUCUGAAGAUACUCAUCCCAGUAACGUCUAUGGAUGACAUCAGCAACAGUGGAAUGAGUCCACUACACUGUGCAGCAGCUGGAGAACACACACACUGCAUCAAGCUGCUGCUGGACGAGGGCUUCGACCCAAACUACAUGCUGCAUCCCUGCGUGCGUCGAGGCUACGACGACGAGAGGAAGUCGGCGCUCUUCUUCGCCGUGUCCAACAACGACCUUGCGUCGGUCCGCCUGCUCCUGGAGGCCGGAGCCUUGACCAACCAGGACCCCGUCAAAUGUCUGCAGGUGGCUCUGCGUUCGGGCAACUACGAGUUGAUGAAAGUUUUGCUGCGGUACGGCGCCAACGUCAACUUCUACUCCAGGAUCAACACCACGCACUUCCCCUCGGCCCUGCAGUACGCCCUCAACGACCAGGUGGUUCUCAGGAUGCUGUGUAGCUAUGGUUACCAUGUCGAGCGCUGCUUUGACUGUCCCUAUGGCAACGGAUCCCACGUUCCAGAGGAGUACGAGGGCUGGAGUGACACAGUCAUCAAAGACACGAUGUUCUGCGAGGUGAUCACCGUGCCGUGGCUCAAGCAUCUUUCAGGUCACGUGGUCCGAGUCUUGCUGGACUAUGUGGAUCAUGUGACCUUGUGCUGCAAGCUGAAGGCGGCGCUCAUGGAGCAGCAGCAAUGGAGCGACAUUUGCAGGCUGCAAGAGAACGCUCGCUGCCUGCAGCAUCUGUGUCGUCUGAGGAUUCGCCGCUGCCUCGGUCGCCCUCGUCUGCGGUCGCCGGUCUUCAUGAGCUUCCUGCCGUUGCCAGGGCGACUGAAGGACUACGUUCUUUACCGGGAGUACGACCUUCACGGGUGACAGGAGGUGCUGUCCACAAAAUUGGAUUUCGUUUUUUUUUGCCACACAGUGACGGUUUUACUUCAAAGUGAUUUAUAUUCCGUCAGCUCACCUUUUUUACGACACCUGGAAAGACUUUUAUUUUGAUAGAGAACGGGGUUAGUUGUCACUAGGGAUGAUGUUCAAAAUCGAUAAGAAAAGAACCAAUUCCAUGGACUGGAAUCCCUUUUUGAGAACCGGUUCCCGUUAUCGAGGCCACUAUAGUAAAGAAAAAGAGUUGGUUCUUUAUUCGAAUCCCUUUCCCACGUACAGGAAAUGCCCUGUGGGACCUGCAAUGUUAUGCCCAUUUGAUUGUCGACUCUUACUGACACUUUGUGGCGAUAUGAAAAUACUACGCGUCAUUAGUUUGGGCACUUCCAGGUUGAGACAAUU